AAUGAGAUACAGAUAGAUAAUAUAAUAAGAAGACCUCCCGUUGUUUCUAAACAAAACAAAAUGGCGAACCCCGUUGCACCCUCGACGUCUGUUAUAGAUGGCCAAAAUAGUAAACAGAAAUUUAAAAAGAUGCCAUCUUACAAUUUUAUAGAAUAUAUGAGACUGAUCGUCAGAGAUGGAACAUAUGGGUAUGUGUUUUGGAGUAUAUUUCAAGGACUUGCGCCAAUGAUCUGGUUCUACCCCCUGAAUGAACUUGAAAUAUCAGGAUAUGAAGCUUUUGCAGUUGUGUGGCUAUCUCCUGUUUUCUGUUUGAUUCCGGGUGUGUUGCCAACACUUCAAAAUAAGUGGGUUCUGACCCUGUUGCGACUGCUCACAGUGUGUAGCUUGGUGUCCUAUCAGGCAAACACAACAUUUCUUAGACUGGCUGUCCUGGGGGGAGGGGCAGGGAUAUCAAUGCUGGUCCUUGUUGCAACACUGUGGCAUCCAGCCAAAGCUGUGAGGUAUCGGACAUUCUGGGGCUUGAUUGUUGGCUAUCAUGCUUACUUGGCGAGCCGUGUAUGGUUCACGUCAUUCGUUCCUGCAUGGUGGGACCAGUACAGCAACUCCAUCGUUUUGGCUGCAGGACUUGUCUCCUCAUUAGGAUAUAUUCUGGAAGAGACCCCAGUGGUUGAGUCUCCCCCUACAGCGGAGAAAUCAGACGGCCAGUGUAGCUGGGUCACGUCUGGUCUGGGCCUGGGCAGUCUACUGUACCUGACACACUGGUGUUUUGGUGAGGCUUCCCUCCUGGCCCGCUGGACGGUCAAAGGUUACCCCAACCAUGGGCCUGAACCCCUCCCAUGGGGCUCAUUGGUUCUCCUAGCCCUUCUCCUAGGCUCAUUGUUUCGCCGAAGACAGAGCACACCCGUGUUCAACGCAAUUGCUGCCGCAUUUUGCUUCUACUUCUUGUACUUUUACCAGGACCCGUAUCUGGCAUUUGGAGCGGGCUGCUGCCUGGCCUACCUGACCAUGGCCCUGUGGCCGGCUGUGGUGGACACGGCCACUCAGUCUCACCCGGCCCUUACACUCACUUUGGCCAGUUUUGUCUACAUCAUACAGGUUUUGUUCUGGGUGUGGACAGUGGCCUACAACUUUGUGCCUUACGGGGAGUACACACGAGAACACACGGACUGGCUCAUUGGGGCUGUGAGUCUGGGCAUUCUCUUCACCACUCUCAUGCGUCCUAGCUCUGAGGAGAGUCAUACAGCUCUCUACUCCACACACACAGACUCACGCGUGCCUUCUUUUGGACAUUACGUCAAAGUGUUAUUGUUGGUAUUUCUGGCUGGCCAGUGUGGGAUGUUGAAGCGACACUUAGACUACAGGCCUGGUCACCCCUCUCACAAACUGGACAAAGUCAAUGCAGAGCCUAAUGUGUUCAGUGCUGCCAUCUGGACUUUCCACUUUGGCUACGACAACAGAGGCUGGCCUAGUAUGGAGAGAGCUGCUACAUUGCUAAAUGAUACAGGUGCGGAUGUCAUCACCCUGCUUGAAAGUGAUGCGUCCAAACCUUUCCUGGGUAAUAAUGACCUUGCUGGAUGGUUGGCAGAAAAACUACAGAUGUAUGUGGACUUUGGGCCUGCCACCAAGGACCAUACAUGGGGGAACCUGAUCCUGUCCAAGUACCCAAUAGUCCAGUCAGUGCACCACCUCCUGCCCUCACCCCAUGGUGAACUAGCCCCCGCAGUGACGGCCAGCAUCAACAUCAGUGGCACUGUAGUGGACUUUGUGGUCACUCACAUGGGCAACGACAGGGACACUCUGGACAGGAAGUUGCAGGCACAGUUCUUGGCUGAGCAGCUCAGGACAUCCCGGCAUCCGGCCAUAUUCUUGGGGUAUGUGACCUCCUCACCCGGCAGCCCCAACUAUCAGCACCUGAUCCAGAAGGGAGAGGUCAAGGACAUUGACCCCACAGACCAUGACCGCUGGUGUGAGUACAUCAUGUACAAGAGAUUGAUCAGGCUGGGCUAUGCUCGGAUCAGCCAUGGGGGCCUGAGUGAUACAGAGGUGCAGGUCGGGACAUUUAGAAUCCCUGAAGACCCACAGAACUACAUGGACAAUGAGAAAGUCACAACUAGCCCAGACUCUCAAAACAUUGACAAGGACAUUCGCUACAACCACAAGUUCGGCAAACACCACCGGGGUCACGGCUACUUCAAGAACCAUGGCUUCCACAUGAACACACCCAAGUAUUUCUACAACUGACUUUGAGGUUUAGCUGUUUUCUAGGCUCUCAUUGCACUGAUAACACGCUCAUUAAGCACACGCUGUUGGGCUUACAUGCACAGCCUGUUGUGCUCAUUGGUACAUAGGCAGAUUUGAGAGCAUUCCUUGCUUUUGUAUCUAUUUUUUUCUAGAGAUAUGAAUUUGUUGUUGAAUUGUGAUUCUUUAAAUAAUAAGUAAAGUUUGUGCUCAAGACUUUUCACCAAAUCCUCCUAGAUAUUUUCUCCCAAUUCUCAUGAUUGUUGUUUUAUCGUGAGACAACACUUCAAUUUGUACAUGUGGAGUACCUCCAACCCCCCGCCCUUUCCCCCUUUCAUCUCUCUUCAUAAGGGAAAGAGGAGCUGCAGGCUGUAGACCACUGUAUUCGGCUUCUUGGACCAACUGUUCUGAUAAAAAGAGCCUUUUAUAGUCUCAUUGUAUCAUUUACAAUUAUGUUAACAUCCACAUACUCUGUGUGAUUCUCUCACUGGUAAGCUUUGGCUGAAUAGUUGAGCAUUUGUCUGGGAUGGCUAAGGACUUUAGGUCAUGGAUUGGCUGUUUGUAAUUUGCUCAUUAUUUGUAGGCUGUUUGUGAUUAUCUUGGAUAGUUGUAGGCUGUUGUGAUGUCCAGGAUAGUUGUAGAUUGUUUGUGAUUGGUUGGGAUAGUUGUAGAUUGUUGGUGACUGGCUGGGAUAGUUGUAGAUUGUUGGUGACUGGCUGGGAUAGUUGUAGAUUGUUGGUGACUGGCUGAAUAGUGAAUUAUAUGUCUGGGGAUGUCUGAAGAUUUUUUGAAGUGUUCAAGUGAGAGAUAGAAGUGAAAACGAUAGCACAGUCUACGACUUUGUCCAUAUACCUCACACACUGUCAUAUGGGAAUAUUUGAACUCACUGAGACUGAUAUAUUGUCUAUCUUGAUAGUCCUUGGAUCAUUCCUAAAAUUCAAAGGGUCAUUCAUUAUGCCCAUGUACUCUCAUUGCUACUUUGCACAUUGUCAAAAUAGCACAUCGUUGCACUGAUAACUGAUCCAUUGUCUUUGUUGUUAGCGCUUGGAUUGCUCAUAACGCUCAAAAGAACAUAUCAAUAACACCAAUACUGAAAAAACUAAUCUGUUACCUUUGUUGAUAGCCCUCAGUUCUAAUGUAGAGGCAAGACUGUGAUGUUUAUGUAUGACUCUUUAGACAAAGGGAAUGAACCUGUUGUUUAGAUGAUGUUGUCAAUACUGCUGAUUGAUGAAGGACCCUGGUUUAGACUUUUUCUCACUGUAGAAAAACUACAAAAACUUUUGCAACUUAGUUGCCUUUGUUGGAGGAUUUCCCCAGUAAAAAAUGUGUUAUAUAUAUAUGAAAGGCUCUGUGUCAAAACUGGCAAUCUCUAUUACUUGGACUAUUGCUUUUUCCCGAUUUAGAUCGCCAGCAAGAUCUUUAAGUUCUUUACUGCUUACAAAUUUUGUUUAUGCAACCAACAAUUUUCUACUGUUUUAGAUCUGUUUUUUUUCUUUAAUAGUAGUGUACAGGUCCUGAAUAAAAUAUUAAGCUUUUUUUUUUCUAUUUUUUUUUUUUACAAAGCCCUCACAUAUAAAGAUUUUUCCUACCUGCCCUUUUCAAAAACAGCAAUUUCAAGACUUAUGGUCGCUUUUAAGGACAAGCGGGCUAACCCAGAUUUCAGAGGUUUCCAGAAAUAUUGACCUACA